AUCGUUCCUUUUGUCACAUUCUCACACCAAACAGUUACAAAUUUUCAAAAUCUGUAAAGUGUGUAGUUUUCAGCCAACAUGACUUAAUAUUUAACAAGAUUUCAGAAUAAAAAUGGUAUUGCCAGGAGAAAACUCAGGAAAAUGACUACACUCGCUGCAUCGGCUUACUUUCUCACGUGUUGCAGGCCGACCUUUAAUUCAUCGUUUUGUUUCUAUGUUGAAACACCUAAAUUAAUAAACUUAUAUCACUACCCGAAUAACUAUAUUUUCGGAAGACUUUACUCACAAUGCGACGACCAUCCGAGUCUCGAAGACCACUGUUUGAACCAGUUCAACGCUUGCACAGACGGUCGGGGCUGGUGUCAGGACACACAACAACAGAGACUACACUUCCUCGAUGCAAUCUGUGGCCGAAUAUCGUUGUGUGGAUACACUACAUGUUCAUGCAGGGGUCAGAUGCAUGCAGGCAAGAAAGAGGCGGAAUCAGAUAAGGACAAGAUAAACAAAGAGAAGUCUAAGAAACCCAAGAAGGAAAAAACCGCAAAGACAAAACAAUCUGACGAUGAAACAAAAUCAAAGAAUGUGGUCGAACGAUCGGGGGCUAAAGUUACCUCGGAACCACCCUCAGCAGAGGUGCAACCACUUCCUGCAGCUUUAACUUCACCACCUCCUGCAGCUUCACCUUCAUCGCCUGCGGUAGCACCAAUUGCAUCAAAACCACAACCAGCACCAUCUACGCCACCACAGGUACCGCCUACACCACCAAAUUCACCAGAAACGACAGCUACAUCACAAGAACCGCAAAAGACAACUACAUCACAAGAACCGCAACAGACGCCACUCACACCACCACCUACGCCACCAUCUGUGCUAGCACCUACGCCACAAGAUACUACAUCUCCAGUACCACCCACGUCAUCUCGUACCCAUGAGAAACCCCAAGAGUUACCAGUUAAUGAAGCGAGUUCUCGUGGUGAUGUUGUCGAGCUUACAGAUCAGAUCGUUGACAAGUUAGACGACAGUUUGGACCAUUUAGAAUCGAGCUUCGUUAAUUAUGUAGAGAAAAACAAAAAAAUCAUUCACAACCUUGCGGAUAUGUUGGCUUUUGAGAAACACAAACAAAGGGCUUUAGAAGAUAGCUACAAGGGACUGAAACAGGAGAACGACAUCCUGAGAACCAAAAUGGACUAUCUGAAAUUGGUGAAUUUCAAACAACUGGAAUUGUUCCGAAACGAAUUGGAUAAGGGAAUAAGCGAGAAUAAAGCUGUGUACAAAAAUAAAAUACGCCAGUUGGAGAUGCAAGUGCAACAAAACAAUGAUGAACUACAAAGCUACAAACAGACCGAGAAGAAAUACCUGGAAAUUCUGGAGAGCAGUAGUCUGGAAAUUGCUAAUCUGACUGAUGAAGUUAAAAAUCGUCAGUACAGAGAAUCAGAGUUAUUGAAUAAUUAUGUUAAGAUCCUGAAUUUCUUAAAUGUGUUGAAAGAAAAAUUGACAAAUUCAUCUGGACGUAAAGAAAUGUUUCAAGAGCCUUCAGAUACAAUAUGCGAUUCUGAAAAGGAACCGAAAUUGAAUGAAGUUCUGAAACAAGCCCUGAACAGAGGAAUGAAUAGUUUGAAUGUACGUGAUCUGUCAAUUAUCCACGAUGCUAUUCAGGACAUCAAUGAAGAUCUUUGUCAUGUGGGAUGCGGGAAAAAUCAACUAACCAGUCAACUGAGCAUAUCUCACAUCACUACCUUAUACGGGGACCAAGACGAUGAAUGCCAGUCUGGCACUGGUGCCUACAAAGGGUAUCAGGACUAUGAUACACCUAGCAACCUCUCCAUAUUUCCUUCCAGACAGAGGCCAGAAAAUCAUCUAUACACUGGUUACUGUUAACCACACACUACGUUUGACACCAACCUUGUCCACUGUUUGUUCUUAUUUAUUCAUGUCAACAGUUAUCUGUCUUCAUUCCUCGCUGGAGGUUUGGUAUUAUUCUAUGCAACACACGUCUGUCAUUUGUGGCUACAUUAAAACAAAUAUGAAAACA